AUGACAAAAAAGGAGAUUUCCGAUGAGGACAGAGGCAAAAUUAACAAAUUGAGAGAGCUGGUCAAGGUGAAAUUCUAUAUUUUCAUAUUCGUAAGGAAAAGAACUUUUACAGGCUGACCUCACAUCUUACUAUGACACCGACUUCAAUAUUUUGAGAUGGCUUCAGGGCCAUUCUUCAACAAGCCUUGAGGAUAUCGCUAAAAAGCUCACUCACCAUCUGAAAUUGAGGUUUGAACGUUUCUGAAAAAGUAAAAAUGUUUAGUAACGUCAGUAGAGAGAUCCUCACCUAGUUUUUAGUCCUUUGCUUCAAAAUUUAAUUUAGACAGAAAAUAUUUCUGCCAAGGAAAACGCAUAAAUAAUAGUUAAUACAAACGUGCACUGUUAAUGUAGAACAGGUUAAUUUUCAUGUAAUUGUGAAAACUAAAGUCGCCCUUGGAAUGGCUUGUAGCGAGUUAUUCGGGAUUUGGCAAACUAAAAAUACGUUUUAGUCAUCCCAAGAGCGACCACGUCGUCAGAAAUACGCAAAUAGAGAAUACAAAUUUGUUAAGAGAUAUUGCGAUAGGUGUUAAAAUUUUUUGAACCUUAUCAAUCUACAAAAAAGUUCACAUUGUUGACUGAGAAAUAAAUAAAGGUAAAAGUAUAUAGAGACCUUUUAUUCCGUGUUGAAAGUGAUUUCGUGUAAUCCGAAACUGCCGCCAGAAAAAGAAAAGUAUAACUAAACUUUGGAGAGUCAGAUAUCAUUUCGCAUUUCGCGGAAAUCACUUUGAACACGGCAUGACAGGUUUGUUUGAACUUUCAAAAAUUUUUAAAAAAGAUUCCGUGAAAUAAUAUCUUUUUUCCUGACUAUUUCUGCUUUAAAAAAAAUUUUUAAAUGACAUUAUAUCUCUGUAAACCCCUUAAAUAACCACUCCAACUUUUUAUGUAUUGAAACCUGUUUUUUUUUCCAGAAAAUCAACCUGGCAGCUUGACGAACUUCACAAAGCAGAAAGGAACCAAAAAAUUCAUCAUCAUUGGAAAUAUGGAAUCACUGGAGAAUCGAAAGUAUUGGAAAAUUGCAUUGUUAAUGUGGAACAGGUUAAUUUUCAUUUUUUGUUUUCCAGAAAAUUGAAUAUUUUCAGUGCGGGAAAACGGAUUAUUCGGGAAUGAUGGAGUCAUUUUCCAUUUCCGACGUUAUGAAGGCGCGAAUGGUGGAUUUGGAACAAAUGUUGAAUCAAGUUAUGAAGAAAGAAGAAGAAACAGGUUCGAACUUUUUUGAUUACUCGAGUUUCCUCAACCUGGUGGAACAGCGUGCUUUAAAAAAAAUUCUUGAAUUUUUUCGAAAUUGCAUGAAUGGAUCGAAACGUCACGAUUAGGCUAUUUUUUGAUAUUGAACUCAAUUAAAAAAACACUGUAUUUUUUUCUGUAGCCUGAUUGAUCUUAAGCAGAUUCUUUUUGGAGAUCAUAAAACAUUGUACUUCAGAAAUAAAGCCAGUUUAAAGUGACCGCCACACAACCAAGAAGCUUUUAGCCAUUUUUUUAAGUGUCACGAGGUUUUGAAAUAUUAAUAUUCAACUCAUAUUCAGGAAAACAAGCUUGGAUCCUCUACGUCAUGGAUGUCAGUGGCUUGGAAUUCAACAAAAAGCUCUACGAGCUAGUGACCGGAUCUAUGCGGGCCUUGGCUGAAUUUAUGGCCGAACAUUACGUCGAAAUGAUCAAGGUUUUUCUUUUUUUCUGAUACAAUUUAGGAAGGUUUUUAGUUUUUUGUGCCAGUCUGCGUGCCAAACUUCGCCUGUAAGCUUUACGUCUUAGUGCGACCACUUCUUCCGGAGAAAACAAAGGAUAAAGUUAGUUACUUUUUUUUUUUGACUCGAAAAAAAAUUCAUUUCAGGUGAGAUUGAUCGCUGAAUCAAACUGGAGGGACACAAUACUCGAAUACGCCGACGUGGACUCUCUUCCGUCCAUUUGGAACGACGAAAACCAUCAAUUCUUCUCCAAACUGGAACUUCCCGUCCCUUAUCCCAUUGACGGAUAUUACUCGGCAAAGAAAGAAGUGGUGAGAAAGAUUUUGGGAGUAGAGAUUUGCAGAAACGGUUCAGAAUGGAAACUUUUUGGGAUAUAUUUAGUAAUUUUUUAAUGGUUUUCCAAAUUUUUAAAUUUUAACCUACUUGAAUCAACCCUUUGAUAAAAUUUAUGAAUAAAAUAUUCAGAUACCGGAAAACGCUGAACGUAUCAAUGUGGUUGCUGGAAAGGUCCACGUCUCGAAGAUUUUUCGUGAAGGCCGGUUCCGUUUUUGACGUGGUGGGUUCAAGGCGACAGGAAUUAUGGAUUCGGAUGUUUCACGAGUGAGAAAGAAGAUGUCCAAGAUUACUACUUGUAAGUUCUUUUUUUAUCUUGGAAAUUCAUAGUUUCUAUGUUUUUUUCGCUUUAUUUUCCAACAGUCAAAUAAUCUAAUAGUCACUGAAAAUAGGAAAAUAUACUGAAAAGGUUUCAAUGAAGAAAAAGCGAAUUUUUAUGCUUGAUCUUAAAACUCUCAAAUACUUCUAUUUAUUUUUUCAGAGCUGACCAAGUGACGCCGAUGUUCCCUUGGAUGCCUAUUACACUUGUUCCGUUGAACGACUCCAUAGCUGUCAAAAAAGUGAGUGUUACAGCAAGUGCGCUCCAUUGAUAACAGGAUAUAUUUUUCCAGAACGCAUAUUAUCAUUUGUGGGUGAGCAAUCAAAGAGCUUGGUGGUUCCCUCUGACCGUCACUUUAUCCAUCUCCGUCGAGGAGAACGAGGCUGAAGAAGCCGUAUAA